GCAGGCGGGCGCAGUUACGUGUUGCUUCAAGUCCCAGUGGACGGACCGAGUCUUCUCCCGACAAACGCCCGGACGCAAGCGGCACAAGCGCACACGGCACCUGAAGGACGCCGAGGACAAAAGAGCAAAGUUCGUCCAUGUUUGGAGUCCAUGUGCAAGAGUUGAAUUUAAUUCGGAUGACAGCAAACAAAACUAUAGCGCUUGACUGCAAAUGGCCGUUGUGAAGAUCUUUUGAAGGAGAACGUCGCAGGACCUGUUCUCAACAUUCUUGCGUGUUUUUCCUCCCCUCCUUGGAUAUAUCCGGCUAUCCAUUCAAUAAUAAUAAUAAUAAUAAUAAUAAUAAUAAUAAUAAUAGUCAGCGAAGUCCAACGAAGCACGCAGAAGAUGGAUGUGGCUGCCGACCAGCCCCGCUGGAUGCACCCCCACGCCGUGCUGAACGGCCAGCACCCGGACUCGCACCAUCCCGGCCUGGCCCACAACUACAUGGAGCCUUCGACCCCGCUGCUGCCCCCGGACGAGGUGGAUGUCUUCUUUAACCAUCUGGACUCUCAGGGAAACCCGUACUACCACAACCCCGCCAGGGCCAGAAUGCCCUACAGCCAGGCGCACGCUCGCCUGACGGGGACGCAGGUGUGCCGGCCUCAUCUGAUCCACAGCCCGGGGAUCUCCUGGCUGGACGGGAGCAAAGCGGCUCUGUCGGCCCACCAUCAUCACCACAACGCCUGGGCCGUGAGUCCCUUCAGCAAGCCGAGCCUGCACCACCCGGGCUCGGCGUCCCCCGGAGGCCUGUCGGCGGUCUACCCGUGUAGCAGCACAUCGAACACGGCCUCCGCGACCUCGCUGACGCCGCCGUCCCACUCCAGCCCGCAUCUGUACACUUUCCCCCCGACUCCGCCGAAGGACGUCUCGCCGGACCCGGGGGCCGCCUCGCCGAGAAUGGACGAGAAGGAAUGUAUCAAAUACCAGGUUUCGUUUUCGGACGGGAUGAAGAUGGAGGGCUCCAGCCCGAUGAGAAGCAGCCUGGCCCCCCAGAGCGCCUCCACCCACCACCCCAUCCCGACGUAUCCCACCUACUCGCUGCCUGCGGCUCACGAUUACAGCGGCGGUCUGUUCCACCCGGGCAGCCUGCUCGGGGCUUCGGCCGGCUUCAGCGCCAAGAGCAAAGGCAAGACUCGCUCGUGCACCGAGGGCCGAGAGUGCGUGAACUGCGGCGCCACAUCCACUCCUCUGUGGAGACGGGACAGCACCGGACACUACCUGUGCAACGCCUGCGGGUUGUACCACAAGAUGAACGGCCAGAACCGACCACUCAUCAAGCCCAAACGCAGACUGUCGGCAGCCAGACGAGCAGGCACCUGUUGCGCUAACUGUCAGACGACCACCACAACGCUCUGGCGGCGCAACGCUAAUGGAGAUCCAGUGUGCAACGCCUGCGGCCUCUAUUACAAGCUGCAUAAUGUGAACCGACCCCUGACCAUGAAAAAAGAGGGAAUACAGACACGAAACAGGAAAAUGUCCAGCAAGUCCAAAAAGAUCAAGCGGGGCAGUGAGAGCUACGAGGAGUUUACCAAAAGUCUGCAUGACAAGAACUCUACCUUCAGCUCCCUGGCAGGACACAUGUCCAUGGGCCACUUGCCGCCUUUCAGCCAUGCCGGACACAUGCUUCCCACUCCCACCCCGAUACACCCGACCUUUGGCCACCCGCACCACUCCAACAUGGUGACGGCCAUGGGCUGAGGGGGUCGCACGGGAUGACGCUAUGUAAAGACAUUUGAGGUUCUUGCGAUUGAUUAUGCAAACGGUAUGUUGGACAAAAUGAGGCCAAUCUAUAGGUACCUAACUCUUAAUGGAGGCAGACAGAUGUUGUACUUCCUGUCAGCCAAACACACACACACACACACACUCACACACACAAUAAUACAACUAUCUCUUUGCUCCUAACCGUUUUACUUCAACUGACUGACAACAUGACUGCACUGUGGUUCAGUUUCUGCCGAUAUGUUUAUAGUAACUGUGAAUAUUGUAUAGAAGAAUCUCCUUCAUUACAUUCAACAAAAAUAUGCUGGAAUUGUUUUUUGCCCUCAAAGAAGAAAAAAAAAAAAAAAAAAGCAAACAAAAAAGCUUUAUGAUUUAUAAUUUGACACUGUUAAUUGUAAUUAUUGUUAUUAUAAUUAUUGUUAUUCAGAUAAUUUAUUUUCACUGCUUUGUUCCUUGAUUAUAUUAUGAAUACUAUUGUCCCAGUUAUGACAUAUUAUAUUUUUAGCUAAAGCGCUUUCUUCUAACUUGGUCAUCAUUUAUACUCAGAUGAAAUAAAGAGAUCAACUUCCAACUUU